UAAGUAGAGUCAAAACGGUCGAUUCCCCGUCUUCCUCAGUCACCCACUCCCCCAAUCGCAGUUGAUGAAUCUGCUUGCUGGAUUCUCAUCUCAAUCUCCAAAUUGAAUACUUUCCCCUUUGAAGAUCUGUUCCAGAAAUGUUGCGUCCUCAAUUGGCUCGCUCCUUCUCUUUCUUGUUCCUCUUCAUCUUGUUCCUGAGUGAUAAUUCACUUGGUUCUACGGGUGGCAAUCGUAAAACAGGGAAGUCAUCGGUAUUUUCGUUGUUUAACCUUAAAGAGAAGAGCAAAUUCUGGAGCGAGUCUGUUAUCCAUGGUGAUUUGGAUGAUCUGGAAACAUCUAAUCCGGGAAAAAUGAGUAUUCUCAAUUACACCCAGGCAGGUACUAUAGCAAACUAUUUGAAGCUUAUGGAAGUUGAUUCCAUGUACCUUCCAGUACCUGUGAAUUUCAUUUUUGUUGGAUUUGAAGGAAAGGGGAAUCAAGAAUUUAAGCUACAACCAGAGGAACUAGAGCGCUGGUUCACAAAGAUUGAUCACGUCUUUGAACAUACAAGGAUUCCUCAAGUAGGAGAAGUUUUGACACCAUUUUACAAAACUAGCAUUGAUAGAGAACAACGUCACCAUCUGCCUCUUAUCAGUCACAUAAACUACAAUUUCUCCGUUCAUGCCAUUCAAAUGGGUGAAAAGGUCACAUCUAUCUUUGAGCGUGCCAUUGAUGUCUUUGGCCGCAAGGAUGAUAUGUCUGAUAACAGAGAUGAUGGAACUGUUCUAUGGCAAGUUGACAUGGAUAUGAUGGAUGUUUUCUUUACCAGCCUCGUGGAGUAUUUACAACUGGGAGAUGCCUAUAACAUCUUCGUUUUGAAUCCCAGGCGCAAUGGAAAAAGAGUCAAAUAUGGAUACAGGCAAGGGUUAUCCGAGAGCGAAAUUAACUUUCUUAAGGAGAAUAAGGAGUUACAGUCGAAAAUUCUUCACUCAGGAAGAGCAUCAGAAAGUAUUCUUGCUCUUGAAAAGAUGACAAGACCAUUGUAUGCAAAGCAUCCAAUGGCAAAGUUUUCCUGGACUGUCACAGAAGAUACAGAUACAGUAGAAUGGUAUAAUAGAUGCCUAGAUGUAUUAAACAAUGUUGACAGGCUAUCUCAAGGGAAGGACAUGGCUGAGGUUGUUCAGAACAAGGUUAUGCAGUUUCUGAAUGGGAAACAUGGAGAUUUGAAGCUUCGUUUUGAGAGAGAGUUAAAAGCUGGGGAAUUUAGCGGUUUUCAUGCUGAAUGUCUCACUGAUACAUGGAUUGGAAAUAACAGGUGGGCCUUUAUUGAUUUGACUGCGGGUCCUUUUUCAUGGGGGCCUGCUGUGGGUGGAGAAGGCGUGCGCACAGAACUAAGCUUACCAAACGUGGAGAAAACAAUAGGUGCAGUUGCAGAAAUUUCAGAAGAAGAAGCUGAAGAUCUGUUGCAAGAGGCUAUUCAAGAGAAGUUUGCGGUGUUUGGUGAUGUCCAGAAAGAUCAUCAAGCCAUUGAUAUUCUUUUAGCUGAAAUAGAUAUAUAUGAACUAUUUGCUUUCAAACAUUGCAAGGGAAGGAAGGUCAAGCUUGCUCUUUGCCAAGAGCUUGACGAGAGAAUGCAAGAUUUGAAAAAUGAGCUGCAGUCUUUUGAGGGUGAAGGUUCUGAAGAAAGCCAUAGGAGAAAGGCUAUAGAUGCAUUGAAAAGGAUGGAGAACUGGAACCUGUUCAGUGAUUCUUAUGAGGAUUACAAAAACUAUACAGUUGCUCGUGACACUUUCCUUGCACAUUUGGGGGCAACCUUAUGGGGGUCAAUGAGACACAUAAUUUCUCCAUCACUUGCCGAUGGGGCAUUCCACUACUACGAGAAAAUAUCUUUUCAGCUGUUCUUUAUCACACAGGAGAAAUUUAGAAAUAUUAAGCAGUUACCUGUUGACCUCAAGACUAUCAUGAAUGGUCUUUCGUCAUUGGUGCUAUCUUCUCAGGAAGUGAUGUUCAGUCCUCACAUGUUGCCACUGUCAGAGGAUCCUGCUUUGGCCAUGGCAUUUUCAGUGGCUAGGAGAGCAGCAGCUGUUCCCCUUUUGCUUGUGAAUGGAACAUAUAGGAAAACUGUCCGUUCCUAUCUGGAUUCUUCCAUUCUCCAGCAUCAGUUGCAGAGGUUGAAUGAUCAUGGUUCUUUGAAAGGUGAAGUCUCGGGGCAUAACCGUGUCUUCUCUCUUUUUCCUUCUCUCUCUCCCCCNGCUACUCUUGAAGUGCCUAUCUUUUGGUUUAUUCACAGUGAUCCGUUGUUAGUUGACAAGCAUUACCAAGCCAAAGCGCUUUCCGAUAUGGUCAUUGUGGUGCAGUCAGAAGAAUCAUCCUGGGAAAGUCAUUUGCAGUGUAACGGGCAGUCUCUCCUGUGGGAUUUGAGGAAGCCUAUCAAAGCUGCUUUGGCUGCUGUGUCGGAACAUCUAGCAGGAAUUCUUCCACUUCAUCUUGUUUAUAGUCAAGCCCAUGAAACUGCAAUUGAGGACUGGAUUUGGUCAGUUGGAUGCAACCCUCUAUCCAUCACUUCCCAAGGCUGGCAUAUCUCCAAAUUCCAUUCAGACACUGUUGCUCGAAGCUAUGUAUUGACAGCCCUUGAAGAGUCCAUUCAGUUGGUCAAUUCGGCUGUUCAUCGCCUUGUUAUGGAGCGGACGUCAGAACAGACUUUUAAGCUCUUCAAAACCCAUGAACGUGAGUUGGUGAACAAAUACAAUUAUGUUGUUAGCUUGUGGAGAAGAAUUUCAACUGUCAGUGGAGAACUGCAUUAUCUGGAUGCCUUGAGACUUCUCCAUACCUUAGAGGAUGCAGCAAAAGGGUUUGUAAAUUAUGUUGAUACUACUCUAGAAAGUCUCCAUCCAAUACAUUGCACCCGGCAGAGGAAUGUUAAGGUCGAGUUUGACAUGACAACAAUACCUGCUUUCCUAGUUGUUUUCUUUGUUCUUUGGCUUGUGCUAAAGCCUAGAAGAGCCAAGCCUAAGAUCAACUGAGAGUUUCUUGGUGCUGUGCCUUAAAAAUACGAGGAGCUGAGUUUCAUCAAGUAUGAUUUCCUCUCAGAUGCCAGGAAAAUCUGUUGAGCCAAUAGAGCUGUCUUAUGCAACAGGUGACAAGAGAGCAUAGGCAAUACAGGUAGAAUAGCUAGGUCUAAAUCAUAAGGUGUUGUACUACCUUUGGUUGUACAUUUUCACCUCCCAGUAUUAUCACAUCAAGAUUUUGCUUUAUACCAUCAAAAUUAGUUUUCAUGUUGCUAAUUGUUGUAAUUUUGCUCAUGCCUCUAUGCUGUGUACAUCCGCAGAAUGAUCUCAUUGAUUACAAUAGCAAUCUGAACUUUACGGCCCUUA